AUGAAAUGCUUGGUUGAUACUAUGACGGAAUCGAACCUUUCAUCGAUCAUGCUGCAAGUCACAGCGGAAUCUCUUACCGACUGCGCUACACCACCCAUUUUGGAGUACGAUCGUCUUCGUCUUUUGGGUGAAAUGAAAGUUACACUGGCAGAGCGCAUGCAAGAAGUUUUAGAAGCAUACAUGCAAUACUUAGAUAAGGAAAAGACUCAUUUUAAGUAUGAACUGGAGGCUGACAAUCCUGGAAUCACUGAAGUAAUUGAAUCUCGAUUUGCCAACUACUGUGAGUCUGUUAUAGCCCUGAGGAAGGAGCGCAAAAGGAAGCUCACGAAUGGAUCUGUGGACCAAUCCGCAGAGUCACAACCAAAAACGCCCAAAUUGUCUGGCGACGGAACUUUGUUGAGCAACUACGUUCGAAACGAGUUCACUUUAGGAGAAGACGAAAUUGUUUCACCGAUGGUAUCUGGAGUUGGAUCACUGCGAAGCAAAAGGACACCUCUAGAUGAGUACAAUGCAAUGAGGCGUCGGUCGACAUCGGGAGUGCUGAAGACGACUUUACCAGGACCGUCUGCUGUGACUACAACCGCAGUCUCUCCUGCUGUGAGCGAAAAAAGUUGGACACCUCUUUCUAAUGUUCCUGCUCUCGAUGACGUGACACAAUCAUCCGCAUUAACCCCUCCGCUCAACAUGCCACGGACUUACUUGCUUACUUACUUAGAUGGCCCGUCUUCACUGGACGUGCGGGUUCCAGCAUCUCUUCCACUCGUUUCGUUCCCCCCAUUGUCAUCCAAGAUGUUCUCAAGUUUCGUGAGUGACUUUGACGAGGUUCUUGAGCCGUACCCAGCUGAGCUCUCACCUGGUCCAUCCGUGUAG